AUGCUGUUNUAUAUGAUUUUGGCUAUUUAUAUUGAACGUAUUAAUCCAGGUGAAUUCGGUAUAUCACAACCGUGGAAUUAUUUAUGUAAAAAGGGUGAUAGGAAAUCACCACAAGCAUCUGCUGUGAAACAAACCGAGAUAAACAAGAAUAAAGAUAAAGUGGAGUCGAAUUUGGAAAACAAUCGUUGGAUUGAAUCGAGUUCUCUUACCAAUACAAAAUUACCUGUCUUAAGUAUAAAUCAUAUGACAAAAAAAUUUGGAAAAUUGAAUGCUGUUAUGGAUUUAUCUCUUGAUUUUUACAAUGGUGAAGUGUGUUCAUUGCUGGGACAUAAUGGAGCAGGCAAAACGACCACAACAUUUAUUCUUGUUGAUAUUCUCUACAAUGAAUUAUCUGUUAGAGAACAUUUGAAAUUAGUCGCAGAGAUGCGUCAAAUGAGACAAAAAGAAGCAGAAGAAUCUAUUGAUAAUAUUCUUAACCUAAUCGGACUUGUCGAUCAACAACAUACAUGGGCAAAGAAUUUGUCCGGUGAUCCAUACAAUCGUCGUUUCAUAUGGACAAUCAUACGCAAAAUGAAAGAAGCCGGAAAAUGUAUAAUUAUGACAACACAUUUCCUUGAAGAAGCCGAUGUUCUAUCAGAUCGAAUUGCUGUUAUGACUAAAGGUCGAUUACAAGCAAAUGGAACGCCUGAAUUUCUCAAACAACAAACAGAUUUUGAAUAUCGCAUUUUUAUUGACAAAACUGAAACUUGUGACAUUCAACAUGUAACUCAAUUCUUUCAAGAACAUGUAAAAACUGCUGUAUUAGAAAGACAAUCAGCGUCAGAAUUAGUGUUUGGUAUUAAACGUGGUGAAUCACAACAAAUUAGUCGAUUAAUCAAUGCUCUUGAUGAGCAAGGUUCAAACAUUGGCAUUAAAGGAUAUGGUUUAUCGAUGACAACAGUGGAAGAAGUAUUUUUAAAACUUGUCGAAGAAGAAGAAGAAGAAGAAACAAAUGAAAAUAAACAAGAUCAAGAAAAAUCGAAAGCUAAUCUAGCAAAAACUGUAUUCCAUCGAAAUCAUAAUCAUAUCAUCGGUUUCUAUCUCACUUGGAUUCGACUUUUUACAUUAAUUAUCAAACGAUGGAUACUUUCUCGUCGACAAAUAUUUGUUCUACUCGGUUUUCUUUUAGGACCUUUAUUAAUCGAAAUAAUAACUAUAUCGGCAUUGCCUUCUCCAAAAGAUAUUCAAGCAUCACUUUUACAAAAUGAACGUAUUAAAGAUGCUCAAGUAACACUUAUUCCAUCGAUAUAUAAUCCACAAACCAUAGUUAUUUAUUCAAAUGAAACUGAUAAUCAAAUAAAAGGAUAUUUAAGAAAUUAUUUAACAAAUAUGGGUGCAAACAUUGAUGAAAUAACAACAAAUGAUAUAACUGAUUAUGUUCUAUCACGAAAUAAUGAUUCCUAUGAUACAUAUGUUAAUAAAUAUCAAAUGGGUUUUUCUAUUGAUAGAAGUUCAACAUCGCCAACAUUAAAUGUUUUUUUUUCGACAGUUAAUUAUCAUACAAUGGCAACAGGUCUUAGUGUAGCAACAACGUGCUUAUUUCAAUAUUAUGCUAAUUCAUCAUCGAAAAGUAUUCAAACAAUUAAUCAACCUAUUUUGACAUAUUCAGAAUCUGUUACAGCUCGAGCAAUAUUUUACGAUCGAAUUUAUUGUUUUGAUACAGUUCCAUUGUCAUUAUUGAACUUUAUUAAUGGUGUAAUUGCAUCAAUUUUUAUUAGUAUUCUUGUAUUGAAUGUUAUUCGAGAACGUAUUAGUCAUUCAAAAGAUUUACAAUUAUUAACAAAUACAUCAAAGAAAUUAUAUUGGUUUUCGAAUUUUCUCUAUGAUUUAACGUUAUGUUUAAUUAUUUCUGCACUUUUAACUAUUGUUGUAAAGAUUGGGUCUGUAGCUCAUCCAAAUUCAGAAGUCGAAGUUCACAUUUAUCAAGGUACCGAACAGAUUGGUUACUUUUUUCUUUUAUAUGUCAUGUAUUCACUGACUUCAUUACCAUUCGUGUAUUCAUAUUCAUUCAUACCUGAAUCUGAAUUAAUUGGUUUUAUUAUGUUUUUGAUUGCAAAUGUACUUGCAUGUUUUUUUGAUAUGGUUCUUGGUUUUAUUGCGGUAUUUUCACAAGCGUCUCCAUCAUCUAGUCCUGAUCAAAUGAGUACAACAGCGCAGGUCAUGUUGAUUCUUCGUUCCAUUCUUGCGGGUUUCUUUCCAACAGUCAAUUUCAAACAAGCUUUAUUCAAUAUUCGUCUACGUUCCGAUGCAACAUGUGUUACAGCAAUUAAUUCUAUAAUGAUUACUAAUUAUUCUCCUGAUGAACCAUGGACAUCCAUCGAUCAGCCUGGUAUUGGACUUCAAUUAGUUAUAUUUUCUGCUCAAACAGUAUUUUGGUGGACUAUAUUGGCAUGUAUUGAAAAUCGAGUUAAGAUAGGACAAUUUGUUUGUUGUUGUUGUUUAAAUCGAAAAGAACUCAAGACAAUUAAUAGAAAGAGAAAACAAAUGAAUGGCAAUGAUUCAACAAUAGCACUUGAAUGGGAUGAUUCGAAACUCGACAAAGAUGUUAGAGAUGAACGUCGAAUUAUUCUUAAUAAUAGGGAAUUAAGUACAUCGGCUGUUGUUCUUGUUAGAGACCUUGUUCAACAAUUUAAGAAACGAAAAGGAAAAUCACUUUUUUCGCCUUAUUUUACAGCAGUUGAUCAUCUUAAUUUUUAUGUUUCAAAACAAUCAUGUUUUGGUCUUUUGGGUAUAGAAAAUUCAUCAAAUAGUUUAAUAUUAGACUUUUGA